AGCCUAAACUCUGAAUGGUUAAGCGGAAAGGGGGAGGAAAGAAGCAAGUUCUUCAUUUGUCACAGUUUCUAGGAGAUGCAGCCCCAGUAACACCAGUAGCUCCUCCUGUUUGGAGUGACGAUUGUCCUACUGAUCUUAGUAUUCCAGCUAAAUCGACGUACGAUGGACCAAGCAUUGAUCGAGUGGAUAUAAGCUCGCUACCAAGCGCUCCCCGAGCCCAAAGAGAAGGAAGCUUUGAUCCCAGUAAAGUUCCUAGGAAUCCACCGUUCACAGCUUACGUAGGAAACCUACCAUUCGAUACUGAGGAUGAAGAUGUUGAUAAGAUGUUCGCCAGGAAUACGGUGAAGGAAGUGCGACUUCUGAAGGAUAAGGAGACAGGUCAUUUCAAAGGAUUCGGCUAUGUCGAAUUUGAAACAGCAGAGGGGUUGGUCGAGGCUUUGAAGAUGAACGAGAAGAUGAUACGAGGACGUCCCAUUAAAAUAGAUGUUGCCACGACUGCUGGAAAUAGAGAAGGAUCCACAGACCGGUGGGAUAGAGACAGAAAUAACAACGAUGGCGAACGAGGAGAACGACAACCUUACGUAGACACCACUAGUGAUGAUUGGAGACGAGAUGUUAAACCCCAAGAUGACAGUGCCCCUGCCCCAUACGAGAGAAGAGGCCCAAGACGGUACGAUGACGACGGCGAUAGCCCCAGAAGCAGAAGAAAUGACGAUGAACCUGAUACGUUUUCUCGGAGCGACUUUGGUACUAAACAGAAUGAGGCUGCCAAAGAAAGCACUUAUAAACCAAGAUUCCGGAAUGAUGAACAUGACGACCGGGGUGACAGAGGUGAUAGUGGUGCUGAUAGAGGAGCUUGGGGUCGUGGUGGUGACAGAGGAGGUGAUAGUGAUAAAGGAGCUGAUAGAGGAGCAUGGGGACGUGGAGGUGGUGACCGUGUUGAUCGUGAUAGUGAUAGAGGUGACCGGCCAGAGAGAGGAGCAUGGGGUCGUGGUGGUGGCGGUGACCGCGACGGUGGUGGUGACCGCGACCGUAGUGGAGACCGUGAAGAUAGAGAAGAAAAACCGUGGGUUCGUCAUGGUGAGGAUGGCACAGAUUCACCCUCUGAACGUCCCAGACUCAACCUGAAGCCUAGGACCGCUCCUAUCGCUGAAGCCCCGAAGAGCGACAAACCAUGUGAUAAACCAAGCCCAUUCGGUAGAGCAAAACCAGUGGAUGUCAAAGAAAAAACAGAGGAUAUCAGAGAGGGCCCCGAGGGUGGCGAGAUAAAAGCAGCACCUGAGAGGAAGGAAGCACCAAAGUCAAAUCCAUUCGGAGCAGCUAAGCCAGCUGAUACAGCAGGCUGGAGAAGUGCCAGAAUGCAGGGUACUGGUCCAAUAAAAACACCCACCGCUCAGAAAGUACCUACUCUAACGAAGGACGAGGUCUCAGAUGAACUUAUCUCCGAUUCCAACAAGUUCAUGGUACUGGAUGAAGAGGAAUCGAUGUGAUUUGUUUUUUUAGGAAGUUGAUAAUUUGGACUUUCUGUUAAACCGAAACCAAGUGUUUCCUCAUUAAACUACGCCUUUAGGUUGCUCAUUUAAUACGGGAUUCUAGACUAUUUAUGUUUUUAUUAUGGAACUGUACCAAA